AGAUUUGAGUUCGACUUUGACAGCGACUCGAGUGAUGAAGCCCAUUGCAGUGGCUACGCCUUCAAUGAGGAAGAGGCCGCCGAGGAAUGGGACUACUUCGCCGAACGCCAGGCACGUUAUUGUAUGACGGAAGAAAGUGAUUCCGAAGAGGAAUCACGGCCUAGUAAACCUCUUGACGUUCGCUGUAAAGAUCUGCCUCCGAACUUCCGGCCGCAGAGUAGCAUUGAUUUUCUUCAAAGUACUGUGGCGAAAAACUUGACAUCGGAUUUGAGACACUACAUUCACACACUACGGCGGAUACAACAGUACAUGAUUCCUUUAGUCCUCAAUGAGUUCACAUUUCUGGCCAUGGGACCGUCCGGCUCAGGCAAAACAACUGGGUAUUUGCUUCCUUUAGUGAACAAGCUGGUGGAGCUGAAGGAGAUUGAGUUGCGUGGACGGAAGGGUCCAGCCGCUUUGGUUGUAACGCACACAGAAAACAAGAUCAAGCAUAUAAGAGAGCUUUGCAGCAGAUAUUCUCGA